CCCGGCGCGGGGGGCGGGACCUCGGCGCGCUCCCGGCCGCUCGCUGGGUCCAGGGCCGCGGCGGCUCCUCUGCCCGGUCGGGCCGGACGACGGGCUUCGGGCGGCGGCCGGGGCGGCCUGCGGACAGACGGGAGGGCCGAGGCGCAGGCCCCGCGGCCGCCGUCUCCAGCUUCUGCCCGCGCCGGGCCCGCGCCAUGGCCGCCUCGCCGGGCUCGGGCAGCGCCAACCCGCGGAAGUUCAGUGAGAAGAUCGCGCUGCACACGCAGCGACAGGCCGAGGAGACGCGGGCCUUCGAGCAGCUCAUGACCGACCUCACCCUGUCGCGGGUUCAAUUUCAGAAGCUCCAGCAACUGCGCCUUACCCAGUACCAUGGAGGAUCUUUACCGAAUGUGAGCCAGCUGCGGAGCAGUGCGUCAGAGUUUCAGCCGUCGUUUCACCAAGCUGACAAUGUUCGGGGCACCCGCCACCACGGGUUGGUGGAGAGGCCGUGCAGGAACCGCUUCCACCCCCUCCACCGAAGGUCUGGGGACAAGCCGGGGCGACAGUUUGAUGGUAGUGCUUUUGGAGCCAAUUAUUCCUCACAGCCUCUGGAUGAGAGUUGGCCAAGGCAGCAGCCUCCUUGGAAAGAAGAAAAGCAUCCUGGGUUCAGGCUGACAUCUGCACUUAACAGGACCAAUUCUGAUUCUGCUCUUCACACGAGUGUUCUGAGCACCAAGCCCCAGGACCCCUAUGGAGGAGGGGGCCAGUCAGCCUGGCCUGCCCCAUACAUGGUAGCGUCUUUCCCUGGCCCGCUGAAAGAAGAGAAUCUGUUACAUGUUCCGAAGCCACUGCCAAAACAACUGUGGGAAACCAAGGAGAUUCAGUCCCUCUCAGGACGCCCUCGAUCCUGUGAUGUUGGAGGUGGCAGUGCUUUUCCACAUAACGGUCAAAAUGUGGGCCUCUCACCCUUUUUGGGGACCCUGAACACUGGAGGGUCAUUGCCAGAUCUAACCAACCUCCACUACUCGGCGCCCCUGCCAGCCUCCCUGGACACCAGCGACCACCUCUUUGGUAGUAUGAGUGUGGGGAAUAGUGUGAGCAACCUCCCAGCUGCUAUGACCCACCUGGGUAUCAGAAGCUCCUCUGGUCUCCAGAGUUCUCGGAGUAACCCCUCCAUCCAAGCCACGCUCAAUAAGACUGCGCUUUCCUCUUCCCUAAAUAACCACCCACAGACAUCUGUUCCCAGCGCAUCUGCUCUUCACCCUUCACUUCGUCUGUUUUCCCUUAGCAACCCAUCUCUUUCCACCACAAACCUGAGUGGCCCGUCCCGGCGUCGGCAGCCUCCCGUCAGCCCCCUCACGCUUUCUCCUGGCCCGGAAGCACAUCCAGGUUUCAGCAGACAGCUGUCUUCAACCAGCCCACUGGCCCCAUACCCUGCCUCCCAGAUGGUAUCCUCAGACCGAAGCCGGCUUUCUUUCCUGCCCACAGAAGCUCAAGCCCAGGUGUCCCCACCACCCCCGUACCCUGCGCCCCAGGAGCUCACCCAGCCCCUCCUGCAACAGCCCCAUGCCCCGGAGACCCCUGCCCAGCAGCCCCUGGCAGCCUCUUCCCUGCCACAAUCAGACUUUCAGCUUCUCCCAGCCCAGGGCUCAUCUUUGACCAACUUCUUCCCAGAUGUGGGUUUUGACCAGCAGUCCAUGAGGCCAGGCCCGGCCUUUCCUCAACAGGUGCCCCUGGUGCAGCCAGGUUCCCAAGACCCGCAGGACUCUUUCCAUUUGAGACCAAGCCCAUAUUCCAACUAUGGGAGUUUCCCCAACGCCAUCCUGACAGAAGACGCCAGCUCCAGCCUCUUCAAAGACCUCAGCAGCGCACUGGCAGGCCUGCCCGAGGUCAGCCUGAAUGUGGACACUCCAUUUCCACUGGAAGAGGAGCUGCAAAUCGAACCCCUGAGCCUGGACGGACUCAACAUGUUAAGUGACUCCAGCAUGGGCCUGCUGGACCCCUCUGUUGAAGAGACGUUUCGAGCUGACAGACUGUGAACAGACUCCAGUGCAACAGGAGAACGUUUUUCUGCAACAGCCAACACAGAAUGGAAUAGAAUGGAGCCAGCUGCCACCCCAGGCUUUAGUUAUCUUGACAUGGAAGGAACCAGUGCUACGGUCUAGGCUUUCCAGUGAGGUCCCGUCGCAGACACGGUGGCUUCCUCCAGGUCACACAGCUAUGUCCUGCUCUCCGGCCUGUGGCCAACUUCGUGUUGCAGCAGGCGGGCUGCUCGGAGCUGCCGUGAACUGGAAAGCUCAUCUCUAUCCCGUCUUUGUAUUGGCCAUCCAGUCAAUCAAUGUGCAGAGUAGAAAGAAUCGUGUCACCGGAGGCCUCCAUAGCAGCGAGUAGCACCCAGAACCACUGAUUUCCGUCCGCACCAAAGGUGGGCCUAGAGCAGCGGCGGGAGGGAGUGCCUCGAUGCCUGCUCAGACCUGACCUGGAGGGCGAGCCCCUCCAGCAGGGGACAUUCCCAGGCUUAGUGGACGCCCCGGCUCUCGUCCAUGCCUGAACUACAACAUGAAGUUUUGCCGUAAGUCUGGGGCAGGCUGGGGUCAGGCAGCUGGAGGUUCAUUUCAUUUUCUCCCAGUUGGUUUCUGCUGCUUCAGUACCCUUUCCUCUGGACCGGAGGAGGAGGAAGACCAUUUUCUGUAGUCACUGAAGAGUCCCGUGGCACUGAUGAGCCAGAAGAGGACUGUGCUUCUUCCUGGGGGGUGGGGAAGGAAGAUGCAGAUUGCAGGUGGCCUCUGGACAAAUUCCAGACAGGCACAGAGCUCCCCAUUUAGAGCAGCUAGGAGCUGAGGUGCUAACCACACCCACUGAUCAGCUGAGCUUCCCAUCCUGCCCCAGAGCUGUGUGUCUGUGGACUGGGGGUUUCCUGUCCCCCACGCACACCGUAUGCUCCUUGAGGACAGGGACAGUGCCUUAUUCAUUGUUGAACUUGUGCAUGGCAGCACAUUCGUGUGCUGGAGUGAGUGCUGUGAACCGUGUGUGCGGUGCGUGAUGAGUGACUGGUCCCCCACGCCGUGAGGCAGGCUAAUCUUUAGCUAUCCACUACUCCCUGCCAAAUCUCAGAGCUCUAGCUUUUCUUGCACUCGUGCCUAUGGUGAAGCAUGCACUUUAAUAUGCUUUUAACACUAGGUGAGUAAACCCACAGUGAAGCUGGGCGCCGCAUUCUCCUGGGGCUGCGUUCCAUGCAGGCGGGUGGAAGCUAUCUUGUGCAUCCAUCCGGAAGGGCUGAGCAGGUGGGGGCCCUGAGGGACCUCUCAGAUACAUGUUUUCCUAUAACUUGCUUCAAGUAGAGAUUCAUUCUUUGAGGAUGAAAAAAGAGUUUAUAGUGAAAGGAAGGCCUAAUUAACCUUUACUCAUUAGUACCUUCUCAUAAAACAGAUGGACCAGAUUUCCACCUCUGCCUGCCUCCUCCAAAUUAGGGUAGCCCAGGAGGUUUGCAGGGGGCAGAGCACUGCAGGGGAGGAGAACCUGAAGGAGAGACGAAAGGACAGCCACUGCCCUUCCAGGAGUGUCGCUGAGGGUCACUGGACUGCUCCAGCCAGAGAAGCAAGGCUGUGUGAGGAGGGGCUGAACCUAGCACCCCUGUCCCUGGUGCAGAAGCAAGUGUCGCCAGGAGACCCUGGGCUGGCUCGCCUCUCUAAACCUCAUUCCAUUUCUUCUGACCUUGCCUCUAAUCUUUAAAUAACCCUCAGGGGGUACCCCUCUGCGCCUUCCUCUAGAAUCCGAGUAUUCCUGUUCACAUUUGCACCACAUCUUUGCUGUGGAAUUAGGACAUCAAACCAGAGUCCUCCUCACCUGAUUCCCAGCUCGGGAAGGGCCUGCCCUAACCAGCCCUGUUCCCAGUUACACUUUCAGACCGCUUUGUGCUCAAGAUCUCAGAGGGGGUGACUUUGUUCAAGAGCCUUUGGUCGUAAUGCUACCUGCACCCCAGUGUGCCAGAAGAAGCCAGCUCCAGUGUCAAAGGUCCCCCAAACCUGAUUUCAUUCCCAACAGGGGAUGGUGCUAACGUUAUAAGGGUUCUGAAGUCCCAGCAUAGCCCAUUCUUCACAUAGUGCCUUACCCAUGGGGGUCAUCACAGGGUCCCAGUUCAGUCUGUCUGCACAGCAGCCACCCUGCCGGGCAACAGGAGACCCCACGACCUACACAGUGAACCACACUGCCCACCAGCAUCCUCCAGGUGCCUUGUGAAAACGGGGGCCACCAGGGGGAGUGACUGGUUGACUGGGGGCAUGUACUGGUGGCAGUAUGGCUUAGCACUGAAGUCAGCUUGUCCUGAGGUCUGUCAUUCCAAUCUCCUUCUGAAAGGGUCUGGGCAUUUUACAACUUGCCACUGCCAGGCUGGGUGAGUCUCACUGGCCCAAAGCACGUGGGCCUGCACUCACUGCGGCCUUUGUAACAAAACCAGUCGUGGCCCUCGGCCUUUAAAGCGGCUGCAUACUUCAUAGUAAACUAUUCUUCAAUAUUUAGUUUUGUCACAAGAAAUCGAUCAUUGUACUACUCUCACAGCAGUUAAACAGCAGAGAACUAAAAGCCUGCAUUUCCAUUUUUUCUUUCUGUAUGGUUGUGGGUUUUAGGACAUAGGGCAUUAGGAGAAACUUUUCCUGAUCAUGUCAGAAGUUCUUUGUCCCUUUUCUACUGUUUCAUUUCUCCUCCAUCUACUGUCUGUUACCUGAGCUGAAGCGUUGUAUCAAGUCCAGAUGCGCAUCUGGAGACACUGCCCAUUCCGACUUGUUGGCUCUUCUGAUUUAUGCACAGAUGGUUCCCAGCAUGUGUCCAGUGCUUUGUGGAUGGGACCAUCCCAGCAACUCAUCAGCCUUCCGGCCAGUGUCCGAACCCAGGGCACCCUGUUCAACCGUAUUUAAAGAUUGGAAUUUGUAUAAAGUUGCUUCCAAGUUUUAUAAUGCAUCAUUUUUCAUCUUUCGUAAUUAAAAGCAGCACAAUGUGGUUGUCUCUGCA